CAUAAAAUUUGACGUCUUUCGAAAAGACUGCGCAAACACUGGCUGGUUCAGUCCAUUGUUCAUCCUUUUCUCCAUACAGAGAGACUUCCAUGAUGAAGCUAGCUUUCUUUCUUUGGUUUUGCUUCUUGUUUUGUGUCAUUGGAGCAUCCAACGACGGAGACUACAGGGACACGUUUUGUAACUUCAAAAAUGAUGGUGUUUAUGCUGAUCCGUACGAUGGUUGCAAAGGCUUCAUCCAUUGUCACAACUAUCACGCCGACUACAAGCUUUGUCCAGGGGGUCUUCUGUUUAACGCUAAAACAGGGAUGUGUGAUUGGCCAGGGAAUGUCACGUGUCCUAUAGGUAAAGAGGCCGUUUUUAUAGAGCAAAGCCCAUCCCUAACCACGCACCAACAACCGACGAUAUGCAGUUUUCAUCAGUUUCGAAUGAUUUGUGCUAAAGCCGCGCGUCCACCCUUACUUAUAUGACUCUGUCAUCUCUAC